UGAGAAAGAAAUUUAAGGAAUUAAUUUGGAUCAAGUGAGUGCAAGAGAAUGAGUCUUCUCAUGUUUAAGCCACAAAAAGCUGAUCGUAGUACACAUGCAUUUAACUUCAACCAUUCAUUCAUUUUUAACAAAUUUAGUUAAUUAAUAUUAUUUUAAAAAAAAAAUCAGUUCCAAUAAUUUUCUCCUUCUAUAUAAAAAGAGAGUUGGAUGUAUCCAAAUCUAAAAUAUUACUGUCAAUCACUUCUAAGUUAGAAAUUUGAAAAAGAAAAAAGAGAAAAAAAAAAAAAAGAGAAAAAACAAUCGAAGAAGGGAGAGGGGGAUUAAAAUGGGAUUGAGAUCAAACUUUGUGACGUUAUUGCCACUGUUUUUGUUGUUGGUGUCUAAUGCCAAAGGUCAAUCUGCUGCUGGUGGUGGUGUGUUCGAUGUGACAUCAUUUGGUGCCAAACCUAAUGGAGAUAUUACUGGACCUUUGCUGGUUGCAUGGAAGGACGCGUGUGCAUCCACCACUCCAAGUAAAGUUUUGAUUCCAAAAGGAAGUUAUGGACUAAGUCAAUCCAACCUUAAAGGUCCUUGUAAAAGUCCUAUUGAACUACAAAUUGAAGGAACACUACAAGCUUCGCCUGACCCAAAAGGAGAUGGUUUACUUCUUUUGGAAUAUAUCGAUCAACUAACGGUGUCAGGUACUGGUGUUUUGGACGGUCAAGGAAAAGCAGGUUGGGAAAAGAAUGAUUGUCAUUUAAAGAAAAUAUGCACCAAACUUCCCAUGACUUUGAAGCUCAAUUUCAUCACAAAUUCAAUAGUAAAAGACAUAACAUCAUUGGAUAGCAAGAAUUAUCAUAUUAAUCUUUUGGGUUGCAAGAAUCUUACCAUUGACCACGUGACAAUUACUGCACCGGAGAAUAGUCCCAACACUGAUGGAAUUCACGUGAGUAGUUCAGAACAGAUUAACAUUCUCAAUACCAAUAUCGCAACCGGAGAUGAUUGUAUAUCUGUGGGAGAUACCAACAAACAAAUAGUUAUUAGCGAUGUUACUUGCGGACCGGGACAUGGAAUUAGCAUAGGAAGUUUGGGAAAAUAUAGCAAGGAAAAAGAAGUGGUAGGAGUGACGGUGAAAAAAUGCAAGUUGACUAGUACUACAAAUGGUGUUAGAAUCAAAACAUGGCCAGACUCUGUCGGUACAUUUCCAGCGACAGACAUGCAUUUUGAAGAUAUAGAAAUGGUUAAUGUCAGCAAUCCUAUCAUCAUAGACCAAGAAUAUUGUCCAUGGAACCAAUGCAACCGAAAGGUUCCAUCAAAAAUUAAGAUCAGCAAAGUAAGCUUCAAGAAUAUCAGAGGCACUUCUGCAACUGCAGUAGCAGUCAAAAUUGUUUGUAGUCAAAGUAAUCCAUGUGAGGAAGUGGAAGUUGCUGAUAUUGACCUCACUUAUAGUGGAAGUGAAGGUCCAAUUAAAUCUCAAUGCGCAAAUGUGAAACCUGUCAUUACAGGAAAACAAAAUCCUCCGAUCUGUGGUGAACCUGCACCAAUUGAUGGUCCAUCAACCGAUUGAAGUUUUGUAGAUGUGACAAAUGUUUCAACCCAUUUGAACAUCUCUUUGAUAGCAUAUUUUUUCCUUACCCUUAAAAAAUUCCUUAGAUAAGUUUCAUUUUAUGCAUGUUGUGAUUAUAUAGAGCAUGCUAUCAAUAAUUGUACUACGAUUGUUUGAAGAGAAAUGAUGGCUAGUCGAAACCUUUUUUAUUAAGUAAAAAGCACCAAAGCAAUAUUUCUACAA